AUGGCUGACGAAGACUACAACAAGCACACUAUAUCACUUGGAUUUGUAAGUUUUACUUUUUUCUUUAUGUUGCUAAUGAAAUUUGUCGAUAUAUAAUUAAAAAAGCGUGGUUUUCUAAAGCUAAAACAAGAGCUCACUUCCCCUCAUUCUCUCCAUCAACAUAAAAAGAUCUACAAUUUACAAUUCAAUGUCAUGUUUUUAGGACGCGAUAGGUGCUGAAGUGAUCAACAACAGAGUGUACAAGUUUGAUAGCUUGAAGUGGUUGUACGGAGCCCAAGUAAACUUUAGAUAUAAUAUGCGAUGGGCGUAUUAUUCUCCGGAACCGAAGAUGGCUAAAGCUUUAAAAAUUAGCCAGCAACCGACCAUCACAACACAUAUUGUCUACUUUGAUAAAGAGGGUGACUUGAAAAUGCAACCAUUUGAAUUUUUCAAGGCAUAAAGCUUAUUUUGUAUAUUAAAAAUAUAAUAUUGUACUAUACGGGUAAUAAAUAUUUAUUCAAAAUAAAAAGGAAAAUGACUGUUUAAUACAGGGGUCUCUCUAGUGAACCAUCUGUAUAAGCAACUCUUCUUGUAUAGCAAACAAGGGAUUUAGCCCCGCUAAGUGAAUUUCCACUAAAAAUCACUAUGAAAAGACACGACCCCCUAAAGUAAACACAAUGUCGGUUCCUUUGGGUUGCUUAUACAAAGAGAGUACUGUAUUACUAAGAAAGAUAUAAAAUAUACAAAGUUUGUUUUAUGUCAAAAUAAAAAAAGAACCUGAUCAGUUUUUGUAUAAAAAUCACAAAAAAUAAAACGUCAUUUUUAUGGGAAUAGUUUGAGAAUCACCUUUAAAAUUCAUCAAUCUAGGUUACCGGUUGGAAGCACAAUACCAUGAGUACUAACCGAUGCGAAUCUUGUUAUACUACAGAAAAACCAGCCGUCUCACGCAAGAAGCGGAUGGUUUGUGACGAUUGUUUUGAGGUACAUCUUCUUACUUUUCUCAACUUUUUUGUAACAAACUUUUAAUAAUAUUCAUUUUACAAUACUUUUUUUGGAAAAAACAUCUUGAUAUUUUUUUAAAUAUAAUUUACUCUAAUAAUCUUACAUUUUAACUAUUCUAUUAUAAUAACCUUACAUUUUAGUGCUUCGUGUGCCAAAAGAAGUUGAGUAGCGAGCGUGUGUGCAUUCUACUGGACCGUUUCUACUGUCUCGAUUGCCGUGGAUACUAUCAGCAUCACCGUCAUCUGAUUGCAUCUCUUGGCUCGGGUCCAGUUUGUAGAAAGUUUCUUGAUUAA